CCUUCGAGCUUGUUGAAAACAUUCAUCCAGAGAUAGUGAUUCUGGAUCCUGAGUCUUUGAAUGAUCUUGGUCCACUGCAAGCAUAUAAAGUAGCAGGAAAGCUCAUGGUAUCUCUGAAAGUCUUUCUUCUACAUUAAAAGAUAAUGUUGCUUCGGGUCUUCAUCUCACCCCAGAACAUUCGGAAGGUCCAACUUCCACAGCGGCCUGACUCGGUGGAUAAUUUAAAAGCAGAACUAAAAUCAAAGUUAGAGAUUCAAGAAGACUUUUUCAUACAAUACGAGGACCCUGACUUUGGAAAUGAACUGUGCAAUUUAACAGACAUUUCUGAGCUGCCAGCUGAGAGGGCGGUUUUAAAAAUUGUGUUGGACAAAGAUUUGUCUUUGACUCAACAAUCUGAUACCCAAUCUGUUUCCUCUCUUGAUACUGCCAGUGUGUCAAGGUCAUCCUCCCAGAGCCCUUCAACCAUCGUUCAGAGCUAUAUGAGAAGUACAUCGCAGUGGCCGUCACCUUUUCCAAUUCCUACUUUCUCUUAUGAUGUUGAGUUUAGACUUCGCAAAGCAAAUGAGGUUUAUGAACAAACAAACAAGGCUUUAAGUGUACCAAGAGAAAUGAAGUCGCACAUCUUGGAGAAAGUUGCAGAGGCAAUUUUUGCUGUAAAAGCUUACCCACUCCCAGAGGAAAUUGAAACUGUCGCUUCUGCACUCGUGUUGAAGCAUCCCUGCCUUACAGAGCCAGGUAUGGGGAAAGGAUUUGAUGGGUGGAAAAUGAGCCUAAAAUACAAACUUGGCAAUUACAGGUCAAAACUGCGAUCAGCUGGUUGCCAUGAAGUUGGUAUCAACAAAAAAAGAGGGGGAGAUGGUGAAGACCAGAGAAAGUCUCUUAAAAAGGCCAAACGAGGAGAGGUUAAUUACUUACCGGAUCAUCCUACAGGCCAGUCUGAUGAUACUCUGGAGGAGGAAAGACUCAUACUGGUAGAGGAACUAAAGAAGAGGAAUAAAAAUGAGACGCUCAUCAGUCAGAAAAUGAACCUGACAUUUUCACUUCGGCGACAAGAGGUUGUGGAAGUUGGGCCAAUGGUGUCUGAGAUGCUGGAACGAUGGCCUGCCCUGUUUCUUUCAAAUGAGAUUGGUUAUGAGUUCAAACGCAUUACCAAUGUGGAUCUCCUUGAUAAAUUCAGAUUAUCGUUACACCAGCAUACACCACAACUUCUGAAGUUGUACAGAGCAAGACAGGGGGCUUUUGGAAAAGAGAUGGAAGAUCUUCUUAACAGGCUUGAUCAACAGACCUCAAAUAUUGUGAAUCACCGAAAGCAAACAGUUCUGGAAGGUCUCCCUUUGUUUCUCCGUGAAGAUCCUUCUGCACUUUUAAAAAAAUGUCUGGACACAUCGGCAAUAGACAGACAGACCAGAGGGAUUAAAAUGGGAAUUUUGGCGAUAACUGAGGAUGAUGUCGCCUCUAGCGAAUUGCCAAUCUUUCAAAACUUUGCUAUUGUUUUGGAGGAGGCAAUUGUUCUGAAGGACAUUCCAGACCUUCCAUCUGCGGUUUCAUACCUGUUUGGCCUUGUCUUUGCCUUGAAUUUUGAAUACCCCAAAGAACUGAAAUAUACUUUUGAAGUAAUUGAGAAGGUGUUCAUGGAAAUGGGCACUCAGUGCUCUGCGAGAGUACAGUCCUUAAAAACAAAACUCUUGCUGUGAAAGUUAAAUUGUGUGAAUUGAAGUUGGAACAGAGUAUGUUAAAAUGUAAAACAGAUUGUUGAAUUGUUGUGAAUUGUUUACCCAUGUUCAGGUAUGUUUUAAGACUGUUUAAUGACAUUGUGAUGAUUUUUUUUGUGUUAUGCACAUUGACACUUUUGCUCUACAAGGGUAUUAUUGCUGAGAACUGUUAAUUUAGUUGUGAGCAUCUUUUGAAUUAAACUAAGAAGAUUUUAACAUUAGGAAAUUAAUAUUAAAGUUGUUGAAAUGUAACUUUGAAAUUUUACAAUGUCAUUUUAAUUGUUUUGUUUAUUUGUAUGCUUAUUAUUAAGAUUCAGAUUAUUUAUUGUAAUUUUAUUUGUAUUUUAAUUUAAUUUGUGUUCGUACUUUUUUUUACAAAUACUUUAUACAAAAGUGUAUUUUUGUUAGAAAAUUUUUAAUUUAAUUUUACAUUCAAAAGGUGGGCUGACCAUCCAGUGUUGAACUGCAACGUUUACAUGUUCAUUGAUGUUUGAUGUUUUAAGCAUUCUAAGGAAUAGAGUCAAAGCUUUUACAUGUGAAAAGGAAUACAUUUAUCUUUAGUUUUUAUGUUUUUAAUUUGUAUUAUUGACAUUUUCCAGUAUUUCUUUAUUUUUAUUAUAUUGACACUCAUAUUUUUUUCUGUUAGGAAGUAUGACACUUAUUUGACCUUGUUUGUAUUUCUUUACAGAAUGUUCAAAUUAAACAAAACUUGAAGCAA